CUGGUCUGGCCCGCAGUUCGAGCGGCGAGAGCGCUCGGAGACGCUUCGCGGGGCCGAGGGGAGCAAGCGGGCGCUUCGGUCUCCUUCCCCUCCCCUCCCCUGGCCUCGCCGCCUUCUCCUUCUCGCAGCCGGACCGGAACUAUGUGAUCCGGAAGUUCCGGUGCCAUUGCUGUGUGGGGUAAACAGUAAUGGCGGAGGCUGCAGCUCCCGGAACAACAGCCACACCAUCAGGAGCAGGAGCGGCAGCGGCGGCGGUGGCAGCGGCCUCCCCCACCCCUAUCCCCACAGUCACCUCCCCGUCCCCGGGGGCGGGGGGAGGGGGAGGCGCCUUCUUCAAGGCUCCUUCAGUAAAUAUGAAUUUAUUUUCUAUGUGUUAUUCAAAUCAAUGCGCAACUGAAAUGUACUUAACAGCUGUUCUACCUACACCCAGGAAAUGGGCACUUUUUUCUUCUACCAGCUGUAGGGAGGUGCAUACUUGGGGUGGUAUAGGCUGCCCAGAUUCAAUCUCCAUAACCCUGCUUGAAAGAAAGACCAAUCAAGGACCAAAGAAUAAACCACCACAGAAGUCAGCGAUGGGAGGAUGGAGGUAUUUCAUGCAUGGGGUUUGUAAGGAAGGAGAUAACUGUCGCUACUCGCACGACCUCUCCGACAGCCCCUACGGUGUAGUGUGCAAGUAUUUUCAGCGAGGGUACUGUAUUUACGGAGACCGCUGCAGAAAUGAACAUAGUAAGCCAUUGAAACAGGAAGAAGCGUCGGCUACAGAUCUAACUGCAAAAUCAUCCCUUGCUGCUUCCUCAAGUGUCUCAUCAGUGGGACCGACAGUUGAAAUGAAUACGGGCGAGGCUGAGUCAAGAAAUUCAAACUUUGCAACUGUAGGAGCAGGUUCAGAAGACUGGGUCAACGCCAUCGAGUUCGUUCCUGGGCAGCCCUACUGUGGCCGGACCGCCCCUUCCUGCACUGAAGCGCCCCUGCCGGGCUCAGUGGCGGAGGAGGACUCGGCGAAGGAGCGGACGGCCGUGGAGACGAAGCAGCAGCUCUGCCCCUACGCUGCGGUGGGAGAGUGCCGGUACGGCGAGAACUGCGUGUACCUCCACGGCGACUCCUGUGACAUGUGUGGGCUGCAGGUCCUCCACCCAGUGGACGCCGCUCAGCGGUCACAGCACAUAAAAUCCUGCAUUGAGGCCCAUGAGAAGGACAUGGAGCUCUCGUUCGCCGUCCAGCGCAGCAAGGACAUGGUGUGUGGGAUCUGCAUGGAGGUGGUCUACGAGAAAGCCAACCCCAGCGAGCGCCGCUUCGGCAUCCUCUCCAACUGCAACCACACCUACUGUCUCAAGUGCAUUCGCAAGUGGAGGAGUGCUAAGCAAUUUGAGAGCAAGAUCAUAAAGUCCUGCCCAGAAUGCCGGAUCACAUCUAACUUUGUCAUUCCAAGUGAGUACUGGGUGGAGGAGAAAGAAGAGAAGCAGAAACUCAUUCAGAAAUACAAGGAGGCAAUGAGCAACAAGGCGUGCAGGUAUUUUGAUGAAGGACGUGGGAGCUGCCCAUUUGGAGGGAACUGUUUUUACAAGCAUGCGUACCCUGAUGGCCGUAGAGAGGAGCCACAGAGACAGAAAGUGGGAACAUCAAGCAGAUACCGGGCCCAACGAAGGAACCACUUCUGGGAGCUCAUUGAGGAAAGAGAGAACAGCAACCCCUUUGACAACGAGGAAGAAGAGGUGGUCACCUUUGAGCUGGGCGAGAUGUUGCUUAUGCUUUUGGCUGCAGGUGGGGACGACGACCUGACAGACUCUGAAGACGAGUGGGACUUGUUUCAUGAUGAGCUGGAAGAUUUUUAUGACUUGGAUCUAUAGCAGCUUUGCGUGGCAUGUGAACUGGUCUGCUGAGCCUCAGACAGUAGCUGUCCCUGUGGUGGUGUGGCAGUGCCCACGUCUCUCCUAGGCAGGCCUAUCAACUCCAGGUGCUGUCAUCGUAAUUUUUACCCAGGGCCUGUCUUCUCUCAAUCCCUCACCUUUUCCCGACAAGUGUGUUGUUUUCUCUGUUUAAAAAAAGUUACAAAAAUAAAUCUUAAAGUUAGUUUUUUUGUAACAUGAAUUUAACUGUCAGACAGUUAGUGUAGAUUUGUUGUGUCAUCUGUUUUCAGCCAGAUUCACACAGUUCUAACAAAGGUAGUGUUUAUGGACUUUCCACACUCAUUUUGAGGACCCCGGAUUCUAAAGUAACAGCACUGGGCCUGCUUUGGGGUCCAAGAAGAGGGAUGCUGGAUGGAGGAUCUGAACUGAGGCGAGUAACCUUCUGCUACAGACUUGAGAGAUGGAUACUUGAGGUUUCUGGUGAAAUCUGCACAUCUGUGUUUUUAUAUCUGUUCCCUAGGAUCCCCACCCCAUGCUCUUGUUCUGUGGUUUUUGGUCUCUUGUUUGAUUGCACAAAAGUAAUAACUACUGGGUAACCAAGUGCGAAUGUGUUGAGAUUUUUACUGUAUUUAGUAUGAUAGGAAAAUUGUGAAAGGAUGCAUAUAAAAGAGACAGUGGCAAAAGAAAUGCAGAGUUGGAAGUUGACUCUCAAGGGCUGAUAGACUUGGCAUGUGUGAGUGAGUGUGGUAAGCUCAUGCCUGCAUAGAUGCAGUGUUAGCCUUAGCGGAAAACCUGGGAUUAGUGGUUUCAGCCUUUAGAUCUUACGAGACACAGCAGUAUGUUGGCAGCUGUUCAUAGAGCAGUGCUUGUCUGUCUGUCUGUCUGUCUGUAUAGAGAAAUGGCUUUAGCCACAGAGGUUAAAACUGCCUGGUUAUCCCAUAUAUUAACACAAACUGGGUCUUGGAUACACAGUUGUAUUUAAUGUUUAAUGAUCUAGCCUUUCCGGUCCAGGCACUUUUUGACAAACUUUGUCCUCAUUUGAGGGGUUUUGUUGUUGGGAUUUGUGUUUGUUUUUGUGGGUAUUUGUCUCAUUCCAUCCCUGAGCUCUGCAGGUAGACAGAUGUGAUACAAAACUUACGUUCUAAGCUGUUCCUUGUAGCGGAGUCAUUGGUUUGCAGUUACAAGUCAAGCUUUCCCACUAAGGUGGGGAGGGGGUGGUAAUCUACGAGACAACUUAAGUUGUUAGAAGAAUUCCUUGAUUGGAAAUUUUAGCUUUGCGUUUUGUUGCUCUGUUUCCUGAAAAAUAACUUGGAGAUGCUCCUCAGUUGUCCCAUCCACUGCUUUGAGUCCUCGGAUCCCACCCGUUCUUUCACUUAAAGAGAAAACAAGUAAUUGUUACAGAGGUCUCUGUAUUUUACAGCUGCCCUUUUGUAAGAAGCACUUUUCCCAAAUAAAACAAUAAAAAAGCUGUAA